UGACGAUGAUAGGUUGCAUGUUGAUCGAUCUUGUCCUUGGGAUGGGAAAGUUUUCGGACGAAUAUGGCAAGUGUUCCACACCCGACGGCUCCUUAGCUUCGCUUGCAUAUACCUCGCUCUAUCUCAGAUGAGUGUUGCUGGCGACACUAGGCAAGGGAUACUAGGAACCAAGAAGGCAUUGCGCUUCCUGAGCCGUCACACGUCUAACUGGCCGCGGUUCAUGCAAACCAGCGAAGUCUGGCUGUCAUCCAGCUGGAUUCAUAUUCAUUUCCACCUCCGGGUUCUAUCGGCGGGGAAGAAGUACUUACCCAGUACCAACAAACUUUGGCCAAAAAAUGGACUUCGUCCUUCCCGCGUCUCCGGCGUGCUUGCCUCCCUAGACGGCGUAGAUAGCAUCGGAAUCAUCGAGGAGAGGUUUUCUCUUGCGAUAGUAACUUCUCACACGGCAGAUAUGCCACCAUAUACCAUCUUUUACCUUAGCGACUCCGAGUACCGGCGCCUCUUCAUGGAAAGCGAACAACCGCUGGACAUGCCCAGUCAAGGAAGAUUUACGGGAAUUGCCGUAUAUCUUAAAGUUCUACUUUCCAUCUUCCCUAUAUGGAAGCGUAAGUGGGUUGAGACGCUGAAUGAAAUUGAUAAGUUAGUUGGUGUAGAGAUCGAUGAGUUAUUUGACCCGAAACGCGACGGCGCUACCAUGAUGUUUGAUAGCACCUUCGAGAGGUCUCGGCUUUACUUCACAGUUCUCCAGGCGCUGAGGAUAUUUUCCGAAUGGAUUCAGGAGAGUGGACGGGAGCUCCAACAGCUCAAGCAAGACUUUGAUGCGAAUAUCCAAUCUAGCGGAACUCGCCGUGGCUCUAUUGGUUCGAGCUCCGGCAGCGAAUCCCCAAACUUUUUCAUGAUCAUGAAAGAGAUCGACGAGGCGUGGGAGAAGGUUAUAUCAAUUCACGGCGCCUCUUCAAAGUCCCUCAUAGAUCGUAUAGAAAAGAAGGAAGAAGAGAUCAAAAGUUUUAGAGACGGCCUCUUCAGUGCUACUUCAGUGCGCGAGGCAUCACGAGCAACGAUCUUGAACCAGUACAUUCUAGUAUUCACAAUCGUCACCAUAUUCUAUCUUCCCCUAAGCUACGUUUCUUCUUUAUUUAGCAUGGGCAUAUUCGCCUACGACGAUGCUGGACUAGGGCAAUCUUCGUUCCUAAUUUCCACAGUCCUGAUAGCGCUGGCCACCUGGACGAUAUCAGCUAUCGUACUUUGGUUAGUUCACGACGACAAAAGGCUAUCUAAAUUCAAGCUGUUACUAGGAAGCCUUCGAUGGAAGACAUUUCAUUCUCCGCGAAGGCGUGCGUUUGAGGAGAAAACAGAAUCUAUAUUUCACAGCGUAUAAAACAUAGCAGAAUCUCCCUCGGUGGACGUUUUUGGGGGAUAUAAAUCGUGCGGCCUACGUACUUCAACACGAAUAAGUUUAAUCAUGCCGAGGAUCAUGCCGAGGUA